CUCAAUUAAACCUCAUUCCAUCUCGCCAUCCGUUCAAUACAUUCCUCGUCUUCCUCUUCCGACCAUCUCCAAUCCCUCCCACAUCCCGAUCUUUACAAUGGCCGACCAAGUGCAGGAGCUCCUCAAUGUCCCCCGGGAAUUCUUCCGGGACGGCAUGCAGUUCAUCCACCGCAGCCAGAAGCCCGACCGACGGGAAUUCAUCAAGAUCAGCCAAGCUGUUGGUGUCGGUUUCCUGGUCAUGGGUGGAAUCGGCUUCAUCGUCAAGCUGGUCCACAUCCCCGUGAACAACGUCCUUGUCGGCGGUGCUUAAUUUUCUCUUUUCCUUUUCUGUCCUAACCAUCGACGACCCGACCUCUCCUACGCCCGUCAUGUCCUCCCCCUCCUUCCCCCUGAACUCGACUCGAAAAUGGUGGAAACGUGGAAACGACGAGCUAUGCACCUGCGAUGGAAACCGGGAUAUAGGCGUGCACUCCACGAUACAUACACACGGCACUGCGACGGAGGAGAUGGUCCUGAGGUUCACAGUUGUCGAAAGCGUUUCCCGUCGGUCGGAUCUCGAUCGCGAUGGCGUUCCUGCCGCGUCCGUUUUUUGUCGACAUGUCUAAUACCCUUGCUAUCGGUUGCAAUAGUUUGUAAUAAUAUGAAGCAUCUUUUUGUUGGUG